AUACCACCGUGAGGGAGCGUCGGGGACGCGUUUCCCAGCAUGCAUCUCGGUUCAGUUCGGAGGAAAAUGAAUUCGGCCAUGUCGUGUUAAAUCUCAAGCUGAAACAAAACGAUAUCGAUUUAGCGAAAAGCAGCUUUAAGUCCGAUAAAACCGCACGCGCAGAAGAUCAAAGGAGUCGAGCAGCCGCGCAGGAGUGACUUCGAGCGGAAAGAUGAGCGGAGGGACGCCUUACAUCGGCAGCAAGAUCAGUCUGAUCUCAAAGGCCGAGAUCCGAUAUGAAGGAGUCUUAUACACGAUCGACACUGAGAACAGCACUGUGGCUCUGGCUAAAGUGAAGUCCUUUGGCACUGAGGACCGUCCCACGGACCGACCGAUCCCUCCUCGAGAGGAUGUCUUUGAGUACAUCAUAUUCAGAGGAAGUGACAUCAAAGAUCUGACGGUGUGCGAGCCGCCCAAACCCACCUGCAACCUUCCUCAGGAUCCCGCCAUUGUGCAGUCUUCUCUGGCAUCCAGCGCUGGCCCCACGGCUCCUUCCUUCCAGUCGUACGCCCCGUUCAGUCGGGCCCCAUACAGCCAGUUUAGCUCCAGUCCAAUGGUCCCCCAGCCGUUGGGAGCGGGGGUCACCGCUGGAAGCAGCUCAGGUCCUGCGUUCGGUAGCGAGGCGAGCACUAACGCCCCUCUGUCCCAAAGCUCUGCUCUUCCCCCGCGCUCUCGCUCGCUGAGUGCUACCAAACCCGAAGGUCGUUCGAGCCCAUCUCUGGAGCCUUUGAGGAAGACCCCGACCCUGGAGCAUGCGGUCCAGACGGCCCCAGUCGCCCCGUCUGCAGCUGCAUCCAGUACAGCGAGUCAGAGGAGCUCUGGAGUGAGCCGACCCGCUUUCAACACCCAGAAAUCUGCUGAAAACCAGGAACAAAAAGCUACAGCGUCUGAUGUUCAGAGGGUUCCUCGGCCAGAAUCAGACUCAAACAGGCCUGAUAACAAACGGCAUUCUGGUGGUGGCGCUCCUCCAGUGAGAAAGGGGCGGGGAAGUGGUGGCGGAGGAGGCGGUCAACAUGGGCGGGGCAGGUUUAAUGGGCGUAGAGAUGGACCAAUGAAAUUUGAGAAAGACUUUGACUUUGAGAGUGCCAAUGCACAGUUCAAUAAGGAAGAGAUCGACCGCGAGUUCCAAAACAAACUCAAGAUUAAAGAUGAGAAGAGUGAGAAACCGGAGAAGACUCUGAACGGGGAGGAGAAGACGGAUUCAGGCGUGGAGACCCAGAACAGUGAAAGCAACGCUGAUGAGGAGGAUCCUCUGGGACCCAACUGUUACUAUGACAAAUCCAAGUCCUUCUUCGACAACAUCUCAUGUGACGACUCCAGAAAGGAGAAAUCUGGAGGUGCUUUUGGAAGGGAGCGGAGGCAGACCUGGGCUGAGGAGAGGAGGAUGAACGCCGAGACGUUCGGUAUUCCGCUGCGUUACAAUCGUGGACGUGGUGGUUUCCGCGGGAGAGGUGGCGGCAUGGGCUUCCGCGGGGGUCGCGGGCGAGCGGCUAGCAGGGGCUCGUUCAUGCCCUCCCGCGGCGGCGGAUUCAGAGGCGGGUUUAGAGGCGGCAGAGGAGGACGAGAGUUCUCUGACUUUGAGUACAGGGAGAAUAAAGUGGCAGCGUAGUCCAACCUAAAAGACCAGAUCAUCCCAACAGCCAAGAAUCUCCGAUCAUCACGUCUAGAUUAACGCUUUGGUUUCGACUCCUGACUAACGGGAACUGCCUCUCUCUGUUUAACACCAGCACAGGCCUCGCCUGCCUUCAGCUGGACACACAGCUUUGAGUUCAUGUCCUCUUUUCUUCCUUUUCUAGAAAAAGACAU